AUGACAAACUCAUCCAACGAAAGUGCAGUCAAUUCUCCAUAUGUGCUACAACCAACUGACAAUCUUGGAGUUUCUCUAGUCACUUGCUUACUCAAAGAGGAUAAUUGUUCAACAUGGCAAAGAGCCAUCACGAAUGCCUUAUUAGCCAAAAACAAAAUGGGAUUUGUGGAUGGUUGUCUUCCACGACCUGAAGCAAAUUCACCAGAUGAAGCUGCAUGGAUUAAGAGAAAUUCCAUGGAGCUUUGGAAAGAUUCGGAGGAGCGAUUCUCACAAGGAAAUGCACCUUGUGUUCAUCAACUAAAGAUGGAGAUUGUUAAUACUCAACAGAGGGAUCAAUCGGUGGUCACUUACUACACCAAAUUGAAGGGAUUAUGGGACGAAUAUGGAUCGUAUUCUAACACACCAAAAUGCACUUGUGGCACUAUUAAGGAAUUUGCUACAGAAAAAGAAAAAGAGAAGGUUCUUCGGUUCCUUAUGGGAUUGCAUGACAAGUUUAAUGUUGUUCGAUCUCAAAUUUUAAAUAUUGAACCUUUGCCCUCUUUAGCUCGUGUUUAUGGUUUGGUGGCACAAAAAGAACGAUAG